AUGAGCGCGGAAAAUGACCAAAGGGAAAAAGUUUUAAAUCACAAAUGCUCCAAAAGAAAUUUUGAAGAAUUGAAAUCAUUCGAUAGUGUUCAAUUGUUAAGCGAUAUCUCUGCAGCGUCUUCGAACAAGAGGAGUAAAAGCUAUUACAACUUGGUGAGUGACAACAAUGAGGGCGCCAUAUCGUACUGCUUAAAUGAGUUUGCCUCGGAAGAGCCCCACAGACAGAGGCAAGACACAUACCAGUUGCACACAAAUGAGGGGAACAUCACCCCCACGCACACUGCCAUCCCCAAUGAUGAGUUGUUCCAGCAGGAUGAGCAGUUGUCCAAAGGGAGAGGACUGAAUCAGUUGGCAAUUAUUCCAUUUGAAGGGGAGUACGGAAACAGCGCAUUCAAUUGCAAAUAUGAAGGGAGCAGUUCCAGCAGCGAUGGCAACUUUGGAAGUCAUGGAAAUCGCCACAUCGGCAGUGGCGCACGAGACAAAAGUGACGUGAAAAAUAUUUUCCACCUCUUAUCCAAAAAAGACAUCUUCUAUAAAAAUUUAAUUAAAAAUCAAAUCAAAAGUAACAAACCGCUAAUGAUCAAGUGUGACAAUUUGAGUUUCUUUUUAAACAGAAAUACCUAUGAGGGUAACGGCUUCCGGAAUCAGUUCGUCUCAAAUGUUAAAACGUCAGCCUUUUAUGAGAGACAUCAGUUUGCUGACGCUGUAAUGCCAUCCUCUGGAAUACUCCAAGAUCCAAAUGGUGAACAAAAUUUACACCACAUCAACGACGAAGAAACCGCUCCGCUCUUUUUCGGUUCGCUUAAUGAAGAUUCCCCCACCACAGGCAUCAGAUCGAACAACGAAGUUCCAAUUUUGAGCAUCCCCAAUAAUGCACAACCCGAUUUGGGUACACCUUUUGAUCGUAUCAUUCCGAACAUGAACAUGGGCAAGAAUGCUGUGACGAACAUCAGUCCAUACCCCUCCGGUUACCCCCCCGAGAUGUUUAACGCAAAUGAUGGGAUUUAUUUCGCCCCAGAUCAGAUAGCGCAGAAUGAUGAAACCGGUCUAUAUAACCAACACGGUUGCAUCAAUUUUGCCAUUCCAGACCAAACUGAUAAUUUUAAUCCUACCGUUAUGAGAACAAAUCAGAACAGCUCAGAAAGCAUCGGCCACGUAAAUUCUUUGAGUGAUGUUGGAAAUUAUUACCAGGCCAAUGAUUAUAAUGCUUACCACUGA